CUGCCACAUAAGAAGUUUAAAACUAUAAUUAAAUGAAAUUUCAGUUCUUUGAUUGCUUUUCUAAUCCUCGCAAGCUGUUGCAAAAUCAACUAUUCAUUUUGUUUAUCUUCCUGUGCUUUAGUCUGAAUCAUUCAAACUAUAAUAAUAACAUGGCAAAUUCAGAAAGAACAUUUAUUAUGUUGAAGCCUGAUGCUGUUCAACGUGGAAUCGUUGGAGAUAUCAUCAAGAGAUUCGAAGCUAAAGGAUUCAAGCUUGUAGCCAUGAAAUUUAUGUGGGCUUCAAAGGAACUCUUGGAAAAGCACUACUCAGAUUUGAGCUCACGUCCAUUCUUCCCUGGUUUAGUCACCUACAUGUCAUCAGGCCCAGUUGUUCCAAUGGUUUGGGAAGGUUUAAAUGCCGUCAAAACCGGACGUGUAAUGUUGGGAGCAACAAAUCCAGCAGAUUCAGCCCCAGGCACAAUUCGUGGAGAUUUAUGCGUCCAAGUUGGUCGUAAUAUUAUUCAUGGAUCAGACUCUGUUGAAAGUGCAAAUAAGGAAAUUGCUUUGUGGUUCAAUGACAAUGAAUUGGUAAGCUGGAAGCCAGCAGCAGUUAACUGGGAAAGAACAUAUAUUAUGGUGAAACCAGAUGGACUUCAGCGUGGUCUUGUACAUGAAAUUAUUAAAAGAUUCGAGAAGAAGGGAUUGAAACUAGUUGGAAUGAAGCUUAUUAAGGCACAAAGUCAGACAGUUGCAGAGCAUUAUGAACAUUUAAAGAAUCAACCAUUCUAUUCUGGUUUGAUAGAGUAUAUGACUUCAGGGCCUGUAAUUCCGAUGGUAUGGGAGGGAUACAAUGCAGUCGAAUUCGGACGUAAUAUAAUAGGGGAAACUAAUCCUUCUGAAUCUCCAAUUGGGACCAUUCGAGGCGACUUCUGUUUAUUUCAAGGCCUUACAGUUGUUCAUGGUGCUCAUUCUGUUCAGGAGGCAAAUAGGGAAAUCGGAUUAUGGUUUAAACCGCACGAACUAGUAAGCUGGGAACCAGCUCUUCAGGAAUGGAUAUUUUAUGAUAUAGAUUAAUUAUUAUCUAGUUAUUGAUCAUGCUAAUACAAAAAUAAAAAAAAAAAAUUUUGGUCACAAAUG